AUGCGCGCGACGUGCAUGGAGCGCAUUGUCGGGAGACGCGUAGCGCUGGAGCGGGAGGAGUCCAUGAGGUGGUUUGACCACAACCGCUACCUUGCCCUCAUUGACAAGCUGGCCGCCACCGGCAACCUGGAGGUCUGCUUCGUGCUCAGGCUCAAGCUCGUCUUCACGCAGGGCCGCACGGAUCCCGUCGGCACUGCCUUACUCAGACAGGCGGCCGUCGCUGACCACAAGGUGGCAGCCUACGUGCUCGGCGUCCUCCACUACGGGGACGAGGAGGCCGAGCAGUACAUCAGGCAGGUGGAAAGCGAGGGCGAGGGUGACGUCGUCGCCCACAGGUGCAAGCCGGAGGCCAGCAAGACCAACCAAGAGUGCGUGAAGUGCCAUGAGCAAGCUGUCAUCGCGGUCCCGGAGGUGAUAUGGAGGGUGGACGGAAUGAUGGACCCGGUGCCGGUGCCACCGCCGGCGGCAGCCUGGGAAAUAGAAGUUCUCAACGCUAUUAAGCUCGUGAGCACGGCUACUAUUCUUCAGCCUCCAUGGGAGUUGUCCAAAACACUAGAAAGAAGCAGAAAGAAAUUAGCGAAGAUAGUAGGAGAUUGCGGUAACCGUUGUGGUCAGCAGGCCAAGUUAUACUAA